AUGGGUCUCGCCGGCGUGAAGAAGCGCUCCAAGCUCUCCCACGACCCGAACAACAACAACUGGUCCAAGUCAACGACCAACUUCGGCCACAAGAUCCUCUCGAAGCAAGGAUGGAAACCAGGCGACUACUUGGGCGCCGAGAAUGCGACUCAUGCCGAUCACUACACCGCUGCCAAUGCAUCUCACAUUCGAGUUAUGCUACGUGAGGACAAUCUGGGACUCGGGGCACAGGUCGGCAAAGGCAACGCCGAGACUUUCGGUCUGGCCCUCUUCUCCGGAGUUCUGGGACGACUGAACGGCAAGAGCGAUGCGGAGGUGCAGAAGAAGCAGGAUGCGUUGAGGGACGCUGAGCUGCGAGCAUAUCAGAAUACCAAGUACGGCUUCAUGAACUUUGUGCGUGGCGGACUGUUGGUGGGAGACAAGAUGGAGCCACCAAAGAGUACAAAGAUCGAGGAUAUCAAAGCCGAUGGCACCGUGUCUGAGCAAAGCUUGAAGAGGAAGGCAGGUAACGAUUCAGCCGAGGCCAAGGUGAAGAAGAGCAAAUCAGAGUCUGGCGAUGCCAUCAAGGAAGAGGAGCAAGAACGAGCAGACCUGUACGCCAUUCCAGAGAAGCAGAAGAAGCGAAAGGACAAGAAGAAGGCGGCCGAAGAAGAUGCUUCAACAUCAGAGUCGAGUGAGGAAGACAAAGCCAAGGCGGAGAAGAGGCGGAAGAAGGAGAGCAAGAAGGCCGACAGAAUAGCAAAAGCAGACACAGUCGUAACAGAAGAGGACAGAAAAGCUCGUCUCAAGGAAGAGAAGCGCGCGAUGAAGGAGGAACGCCGAAAGCGAAAGGAAGAGAAGCGGGCAAAGAGAGCCGCGAAGCAGAAUGCCGACUCUGCCCAAGCGUCCACGCAGACAUCGGCUGUCCCGAGCGAGAGCGAAGGAACGUCAACACCGCCUGUGAUCAGCGUUGGAGGUCGCCAUGCUGUUCGACAUCGCUACAUCAUGCAAAAGCGCAUGGCUUCGAUGAAUGCCAACUCGUUGAAAGAGAUCUUUAUGCUUCAGCCUCAAGCAGCAUCUUGA